AUGGCCCGACGGCUGUCUUACCUUGCGGAGAAACAUAACCUGUUGCCGAACAGCCAGUUCGGAGGGCGCCCGGGCAAGACCACCGAGCAAGCCUUGCUAGUCUUGUCCAGUGCGAUCGACCGAGCCUGGUACAAGCACAAAGUGGUAAUCCUGAUUGCAUUUGACCUGAAAGGCGCCUUCAAUGGGGUGAACAAGACGAGCCUGGACACCUCACUGCGAGCGAGACGGAUCCCGAUGGCAGCCAGGAAAUGGAUUGCAAGCUUCAUGAGCGACCGGCACGCCAAUAUCGGAUUUGACGGCUUCCGCACCGAGACUGAGCGUUUAGCACAUAUACACAGGAUAAUGUCUGGCAACGCUUGGCCAUCGCCACCGCGAUAUUGA